AUGAAGCUUAACUCAUACUUAACAUUGGCAUCUUAUGCCGCAUUAUUCUCCAUGUCACAGGCCGCUCCAGCAUUGAUAACGAGAACACACACUGCUCCGGCAGUCACACAUUGGGUCACAUACACGAGUAACACCGUUGUGAAGGUUGUUACUGCGCAAGAUACGGUGAACAACGCCCCACCGGCCUCACCUACUCCAGAAGCUGAGCCACAAGGUGAGCAACAAGAUGGACAACAAGAUGACCAACAGAACGAAGCUACGACUUCCACUCAAGCUGAUAACCAAGCUCAAAACACUGUUCCAGCCACCAGUCCACAAACCACCCAAGAAACCACCCCAACCACUCAACAAACCACUCAACAAACCACCCAAGACAAUACUCCAACCACUGAACAAACUACUACUUCUUCUACCGAAGAACCUUCCACUCCUACCACUUUGAGUACCUCAACCUCCGGUACCUCCACUUCUUCCACUUCGACCUCUGAUUCGACCGCUUCCUCUGGAUUCGAAGCUGACAUCUUGAACGCACACAACGAGAAGAGAGCCCUUCAUGGUGUUCAAUCUUUAGCUUGGAACGAUACUUUAGCCAAGUACGCUGCUGACUACGCCGCUUCCACAUUCUCAUGUGACAACGUUAAAUUAGUUCACUCAAAUGGUCCAUAUGGUGAAAACUUGGCUGCCGGUUACUCCGGUGGCUCCAAGCCAGUCAAAGCUUGGUACGACGAAAUUAAGCAAUAUGAUUUCAGUAACCCUGGCUUCAAUGAAGCUACUGGACACUUUACUCAAUUGGUCUGGAAAUCAACUAGUCAAGUUGGUUGUGCUAGAGUCACAUGUGACAACUCUUGGAGUCAAUACACAAUUUGUGAAUACUCCAACACAAGAGGUAAUGUCGUUGGUACAGAUUCCAAGACAGGUAAGAAUUACUUCUCCGAAAAUGUUUUAAAACCAAUUAAUUAA